AUGAACUUCUUUGCCGCCAUCGUGGUGUGUUUAGUAGCACUACAAUCUGUGUACUGUGCAACGAUUAACCGUGAUCUAGUACAGCCUUUCGCUCAACCGGGACCUGUCACGAUAUCGGAAAAGGCUGCGAUCAAGUUCAAGCCUCAGCUAUUUAUUUUAGAUGGGUGCGUAUCGUUUCCUGCUGUGAAUGCAGCUGGGGAUACUACCGGGGGGUUAAAUGGAACGCAAGGUGGCGAGGGCUGCAGUAAAGCACCUCUAGGCUCACAAGUGUACGGACGAUCUACGUGGUAUCAAGAUAAGUGGGCUAUGAUGUUCGCUUGGUAUAUUCCAAAGAGCUACAUGGCAGCCAUCACCUCAAGACGUCACGAUUGGGCGAGCAUGGUUGUUUGGAUUGAAAAUCCGUCCUUGGAGAUACCCGAGAUUCUUGGUGUAUCGCUGUCCAACUCUGCAAACGGCUAUUUGAGAUACACAGGGAACAUUUAUGAUUGGAAUUUUUCUGGCUACGUGGCGAGGAGCAGACGCCGAGAUCGUGACAUACCCGGCUCAAGCACUUCUCUAAGAGUUGAGCAUACUGUACGUAAGGACUUUAGAUCGGCAUUCCUAAAUUUGGCGCAAACCGACGGUGACUACCAAGACCUCAUUAUGUGGGGACAACUUACAGAAGAAGCACGGAUGGCACUGAAUACGACGGAUUUUGGAAGAUCAAAAGUGCCGUUCAACGAUGGAAACUUUUUGAUCAAGCUUCGUCAAGCGUAUCCAUUUUAG